GGCAACACGGCAGCUAAUGUUAUAUUUAGAGAUUUUAACCUAUCUAGCAGACUCCCUAUUACUUUCCUACAACGCAUUAAAGACUGCCCUGCAUAUUUAAGCUUUCUAGAAGAACAACUUAGCAGCUACUACUCUAAAGGUCUAUAUAUUAGUUAUUAA